UUGGUAGCGCCUGCUGGAUAAUCAAGUUUUUAACAUGAAGUAAACGAGCCCAUAUAUGAGUGACGAGGGCGGCGUACUAACUGCAACAUCGUCAAAACAUUCAUCCACACCCGUAUCUUCGGAAGGUGAACUUAUAAAUGAUCUCUCUUCUCCUCUACUUUCAUCUUCUACCAAUCCAACGGUGAAACCUGUGCAUGUCAGGUACUCAGGUUUUCUUGAUUGAGUGGAGGAUGCUAUUUAUGUUUUAAAAGCUGGCCGAAGAAUUUGGUUUCAGCCUAGUGUACGACCUUUAGGGUAGGAAGCUUUUUAUCACAAUGGGAACCCCUUACCGCAGUGUUGGCUUUAGGAAAUCGAAUGACAGUGCCAGACUUAUUAUCACGACAGUCAUGGGCAUGGUGUUUGGAUAUUUUAUAGGCAUUUCCUUUCCAUUACUUUCUUUAGCCAAGAUUAACUUACCUUCAAGCCUUAUAUCAUCUCUUGAUGUAGCCUUUGGUGAGGACCAUCAGAGAUUUACUGAGCGUAGUUUUCCUGAAAAUCUUGGUUCGGGUAGCACUCCAUUAUCACCUAAGAUCUAUGUUCCUUCCAACCCUCGGGGUGCAGAGUCAUUGCCACCAGGAAUUGUAGUUUCAGAAUCUGAUUUUUAUCUACGUAGAUUAUGGGGUGAACCAAGCGAGGACCUGAAAAUGAAGCCGAAGUACCUUGUAACAUUCACAGUUGGUUUGGAUCAAAAGAAUAAUAUCAAUGCAGCUGUUCAAAAGUUUUCAGAAGAUUUUCAAAUUAUGCUUUUCCAUUAUGAUGGUCGGACAACUGAAUGGGAUCAAUUUGAGUGGUCAAAGCGUGCAAUUCAUGUCAGUGUUAGAAAGCAGACAAAAUGGUGGUAUGCGAAGCGGUUUUUGCAUCCUGAUGUUGUAGCUGCUUAUGAUUACAUAUUUAUUUGGGAUGAAGAUCUUGGAGUAGAACACUUCAAUGCACAAAAGUAUAUUCAACUUGUGAAGAAACAUGGUCUGGAGAUAUCUCAGCCUGGAUUAGAGCCAAACAAUGGAUUGACAUGGCAGAUGACAAAAAGGAGAGGAGACAAAGAAGUCCACAAGGAUACAGAUGAGAAACCAGGAUGGUGCAGUGAUCCACAUUUGCCUCCCUGUGCAGCUUUUGUAGAAAUUAUGGCUCCUGUGUUCUCUCGAGACGCAUGGCGGUGUGUUUGGCAUAUGAUUCAGAAUGACCUGGUGCAUGGAUGGGGAUUAGAUUUUGCUCUCAGACGAUGUGUAGAGCCUGCUCAUGAAAAGAUUGGUGUAGUUGAUUCACAGUGGAUUAUUCAUCAAGUUAUCCCUUCUCUAGGGAAUCAGGGUCGGUCUGAAGAUGGUAAAGCUCCUUGGCAAGGGGUAAGAGAGAGAUGCAGAGGGGAAUGGGCAAUGUUCCAAGAUCGCCUAGCCAAUGCUGACAAACAAUAUUUUGCGCAGCUCGGAAGGAGUUGAAAGGAUGUCAGUAAAAAAUGCUUCUCUUUUGGCUGGAAUUUUGUACAUGGAACUCCGAUUUUCAUUCUCGAGUUAUACGCUCCCUCUCUCUUCUUUCUCAGUAGUAGAGAGUAGCAACCACAAUAUUCAUCUAUGUAGUCAGGGGCAGUCAAAAAAUAAGUUAGGAAGCGGAAUAUCUCUGUGCAUAGUUACCCGAGAUUUUUAUUGAGUAAUAUAUAGGCAAAUGAAAAAGAUAUUCUGUUCAUAUGCUUGCUUGGGUAUUUCGUAUGGUGUGUAAUUCAUUCAUCAAUCCCCAGAGCAUCGUUUCAGUCGUAGAUGUUUCAUGUUCAACUUUAAUGAAUUGAUCCUGAAUGAAUUCUCUAAGGUAGUCUUUUUUCAUAUGGAUUAAUGGAUGACUAGUUUCCACUUUCAACUUUCAAUAUAUAACUCCUUCC